AUGAAGUCUCUUGAACAUGUAAACACGGAGACAGAUCAACUGACUGGUAUGGGUGAAAUAUACCAGUGUUGCUUCUCCUGGUACAACCUGCUCGCUGCCUUCAGCCCUCACAGUUCAUCACGUUCGGUGCGGCCGUGCCCUCAGGAGGCGGUGGUACAGUACACGUGGUUGGCGGCUCUGCUCCUGACGGUGGUGGCGCCAGGUGGAGGGGACCAGCCGACCACCGCCCACCACUACGGUCAGCCUGCAGUGAAAGUAGAGCACCCGCACGCACGCCUCACUACGCCGGAGUUGGUCAAGGUGCACGGCUAUCCUGUCGAGGUUCAUGAGGUGAUCACUGACGACGGCUUUAUCAUUGAAAUCCACCGCAUUCCCCACGGCCGCCGCCACCCUACCGUCACUCACAGCCACGUCUACAGGAGUCACGAGCCGCACACCCUCUAUAGGCCCUCCCAGGGUUACUUCAACGCUGGCAGAGCAACGAGUCCCUUGUCAAACUACGUGGACGAUGGAGGGCCGAGGGUAACGAACGGGAGUCGUGGUGGUUACCAAUGGAGAAGCAGAGACCCCAAGGUAGUGCUGCUCUUCCCCGGCGUGUUCUCUUCGAGUGCUGACUUUGUGCUGAACGAACCAGAUCAGGCGCUGGGGUUCAUCCUCGCUGACGGGGGGUACGACGUGUGGCUUGGAAACUACAGGGGGAACUUCUACGCCAGGAGACACAAGCACCUCACCACUUCAGACCCCGAGUUUUGGGACCACACAUGGAACGAGCUGGCGCGCUACGACCUGCCUGCGAUGCUGCGACACGUGAGGGCGGUAAGCGGCGCACAGAGGGUCAGCUACAUUGGCUUCUCCCUUGGCACUUCCGUUUUCUUCGCCAUGUUCUCCUACCACCCCGAGAUCUCUUCCUGGGUGAGGUCCAUGGUCGCCCUGGCCCCAGUGGCUUACAUCUACCACAUGCCGGUGCCCCUGGGACUCAUCUCACCCUUCGCUGGCUUCAUUGAGAGGGUGUUGGAGAGGGCCGACCUGCUGGAGCUAUUCCCGCUGGUACCAGAGCGAGACGCCCCUCUGAAUGCAGUGCUGUGUGGACCCAACUCCCUCACCCAGCCGCUCUGCAUCCUCAACAUUCACUUCCAGAACGGAUUCAACCAAGUUUAUCUGGACCAGGAAUAUCUGCCCGUCCUCCUGGCUCACUAUUCUGUCUGUCUCUAUAAGUUCCGUGCCUAUAACUACGGCCCCGAGAGGAACUACAGAGAAUACGGCCAAGCAUCACCUCCCGACUUCUCCCUCGCUAAAGUCCAAGUACCCGUUGCUCUGUUUUGGUCCGAAAAUGACGCUCUGGCCUCUCCGCUGGACGUGGCACAGACGGCCUCGGAGCUUCCCCAAGUGGCGCUAAACCGGCGCAUCAACCUGGACUACAACCACCUGGACUUCAUGUGGGCAGAGGAUGCAGGGGAGAGAGUGUACCGCCCCGCCCUAGCCUUCCUCGACGCUUUCUACUGAAGGAGCCUGCGAGAUCGAAGAAAACGGAACUAGGCAGGAAAAAAAUAAGGGCAUAAAUAGGACGUAACGCUGAGAUCUAGGAGGGGUAACUAUGGCAUUACAAGGAUCAGAAUACAGGAGGCCACUUUAUUUAUGUUAGAGAGGAAAACUGGCUAAGGGUCCGAGAGAGUUAGCCAAAAAUAAAGGGAUAAAUGUCCAGAAUACUCCCUUUUAAAUGAAGUCAAGUCAUAGGAAGUUAGGAAUACAGAAGCAGGUAAGGAGUUUCAGAGUUUACCUGAUUGGAUGAAAAGGAAGGGGCUGUGUUAAGAUGAUUCAAGGCGAUAAUAAGCAUUGUAGGAGGAAUGAAGGAAUGGAAAAUGUAAAACGGCACCACUUAAGGGAGAAAGAAUUAAGAGGAUAUUUUUUUGAGGUAUUAUUGGUACAAGAUGAACACGUCAGUGAUUGAAGGAAAGAGAUGAACCUAGAUAAUUUUCCAUUUUCACUUUAUUUUGUUGGUUCAAUAUCACGCCUAAAAAAUAAAAGAAAAGAAAUAAACAUCUCAGUGAUUAAAAGGGAAGACUGAAACUUUAAUAUAUAUUUCUUCAGUUGCGUUUUAUAAUGUUGGCUGAAUAACACGCCGGGAGAAAACACACACACACACACACACACACACACACACACACACACACACACACACACACACACACACACACACACACACA